AUGGAUAGUUUGGUAGUGUGUCAUGACGGUCGGGACGUCGGCGGGUGUGUGCGGCAUUCGAGGGUCUAUUGCGUUGCCUUCGACGAGCACACGGAUUCCCGGGAGCUGGUUGGCCAGUGGGUAUGUAACGGUGGAGGCGAUUUUGUUUGGAAGGCCGGGCUUCUGCGGAGAGCGGUGGAGGACGGCGCGUGCCUGCUGGUGGAAGGACUGGAGCACUGCAGCGAAGACGUCGUUGCCAAACUGGAGCAGGUCCGGAAGCAGCGGCGCAUAGAGACCGACCCACGGCAGGUGGAUUUUGUUCCUGCGCACCAAGACUUUUGUAUAGUGUUGGCACACAAAUACUUCGGCGAACAUUGCAAUGGACCGGUAGUGAAGGCGCCGGAUGAUGAACCCCUGCGACACCCGUUGUUGAAGAACGUGGCCCUGCUGCCAGUGUUGAAUAUAAACAGUACGGGGAGCGAGGACCGGUACGGCACGCGACUGAAGAUUAGCCGACUCAUUCGACACUGGCACCGCGUUUGUCUGGCGCCUGUGAACGUGGACCGUGCCGUGAGUCGUGCACCCAAAGUGUUUCACUCUGUGAUGAAAAGUGUGGUGGCGAUGGUCUACAAUGAGUGCGUGCCCCUAUUCGACCCUGCAUCAAAUGGAGGCUUCCGCUCUGUUGCGCGCUUGGCAACUUUACCCACCAUUUUGUUCAAGCAGAAGAUGAAAAAGGGCAGGCUAUUGUACUUCAUUCGUGUUUUACGGCGAUAUGAGAAGGGACUUCGGACGCUGCAGCACUGGCCGGAACUUGCAAACAUACCUGAGGGACAUAGACUUCAGUUAGGGUGCGUGAUUAUGAUCACAUUGUUUAGCCACUUGCCUCACGUUGUGCGAGAGAUUGUGGUGGACUUUGUUGUCCUUCCGUUUCUCGGCUUUAGUCACGCAGCUGGAAGCUCGCCGACAGGGUCAAGCAGCUGUUCAAUGAGGAGGCAGUUGCUUUACCCUGUGCUACCGGAGCCGCUCUUCGACGUGUCGAAGGUGGGACUGGUUCCAAAUCGGGUCCAGAACUCGGUAGUGUCCACGUGUGUCCGCGCGCUUUCCUCGGGUAGACACUGCCUACUGGUUGGUAGUGCCGGUGGUGGUAAAACUGCCAUUGCCAAGGCGCUGGCUAAGGGAGCGGGAAAGGAGUUGUUUGUGUUCAACUGCCAUGAUCAAGCGGAGUCAGGAGAGUUGGUAGGCGACCUGGUGCCCUUGAAUGUGGAAUCUCUAUUGACGCGUCUUUUGCACAAGCUGUUGGCGGAUCUAAAAAACAGAGCGGAAAUGGCUGAAGGAUUGCGCGAGUUGGAGGCGAUUGAGAUGUCGAUUCAGCCACGACGGGACCUGCUAGUCAAUUUAGUAAAGCAAUUAAUCGGUUUCAUGCCCAAUGAGGAGGCAGAACAGUGGAAGACAGAGCUGGCUGAAAUAGAAGCUGUCAAGGGAGUCCGUAGUGAGUUUCGGGAAGGGCUCUUAUUGCAGGCGAUUCGAACAGGCUCCUGGUUGUUGCUCGAUGAAAUUAACCUGUGUCCUGCUGGUGUUCUUUCCCGUGUUAUUCCACUGCUACACGGCGGGGAUAGCGUCCAUUAUACAGUCUUUGAAAAUGGAGGAGAGUUAGUUCCUGUCCACCCCGGCUUCCGAAUAAUAGGCUCCAUGAAUCCACCCAUGCCUGUCGACCAUUUGGGCAACAUUUCAGUGGGCGACCAUGACUCGUCACUGGUGAGUCACAAAAAGCAAUUGCCGGACACGGUUCGGGACUCCUUUAUUGAGGUGUAUUUGGAUGAGAUUCACGACUUGGAGGAUAUUGAGGCCAUUGCCUCUGCUUGCCUCCCAUUGGCGAAGCAUUCGAGGCUAGUAGCAGAGUCAUUUAAUUUGUUGAAAAACGUAAUAAAUGGCCGGCGAGAUAAGUCUCAAGUUACCACUGUGCUAAGUGUGGGAGGUAAGGGAUGCUCUCUGCGGACAUUGAGCAGGGUCUUGAAGUUUGUCGAGCGUAGAAUUCUCGGCGCCAAAGGGGAUUCGCUACGCUACUACGUUGAAGGCAUGCUGCUGUUCUGUGGGUCGACACACCCAGAUUCCGAUAAAGUUAUGUUGCAAUUGCUAUCCUCGUUCUUGCCUCAACAAGUCAAGGAAUAUCAGGGAAUAGAGGAUAGAGCCCUCAACUGCCUACCGCUGUACGAUGGCAGGACGGCGUUUCAUGAGUUUGUUAGAAACCUAAGGCCUAAAGUCGAACUUGUAACACAGAAGAAUGCCCGCUAUGAUGCUGCAGGUAGUAGUGUACCAGGUGCAUGCGGUACUCGAAAACUCGGUGCUGACGACUGUGUAGUUGGUGCACUGAUUGAAGACCAAUUCUUCAUUCCUACCGGCGAACAUCCUUUUGACUACGAGAGUGCCUGUCGUGAGUUUCUAUGUCCACGUUCCGUAAAGCUUUUGAUGAGGAAAUUGAUGAGGCUUAUUCAAGGAUCGAUGACUCCCAUUCUGCUCGAAGGUGCUACCUCAGUAGGAAAAACAAGUUUGGUAGAGUUCCUGUGUCGUCUUACCCACAACGAGUUCAUAAGAAUUAAUAACCAUGACCAGAUAACAAUGAGUGAAUAUGUCGGCUGCUAUGUUCCUGACUCUACAGGAACUUUCUCUUUCCAGAUUGGGCCGCUGCUGAAGGCGGUCCAAGAUGGAUCUUGGGUCGUACUGGAUGAGUACAACUUGGCCCCUCAGGAGGUGCUAGAAGGGUUGAAUAGGCUAUUGGAUGACAAUCGAGAGCUGUUUGUGCCAGAAUUAGAUCGGACCUUUAAGGCACAUCCCAACUUUCGAAUGUUCGCCACACAAAAUCCGUCCUCCUAUGGUGGCCGCAAAGUCCUAACUGAGGCUAUACAAAGCAGGUUCGUGCAGCUGCACGUCACUGAGCACGACGCGGAUUCGUUGCUGCUCAUACUCCUGGGCCGCUGUCCCGAUAUCUCCCCGGCUAUAGCUAGAACUAUGAUCGCUGUUUACGAAAAAUGUCGAGUGCUGCGUGGAAACAAUGCCUUUGAUGUUCUAAUUACAAUUCGAGAUCUUCUAAGGUGGUCCAAGUUUAAUCCCCUGGAGAAGCCCGAUGACCUCAUUCGGUCGGGGAUGAUAGUUAUAGGAGAGAGGUUAAGGUCUUCCGAACAGCGGCAGGACUUCCACGACACCAUCAGCUCCAUUAUACGUCCUAAGAAAUGCCCCAAGGCCACUGCCAUCCAAUAUGACAUCAGAGACGCGGAGUCGUAUGAGCAGAUCGCAGGACUAAGUAUGACGUAUUCGAUGAAGCGCUUGCUGUCGUUGGUGCAGUGGUCGUGGGAAUUCAAUGAACCCCUACUCCUGGUUGGUGUCACAGGAUGUGGCAAGACUGCGGUCAUUAACGCUGUGUCCCAGUUAACCAGUUUAAAGCUCACAGGCGAUGUGGCCAAAAGAGGGCUCAUAACCAUAAACUGUCAGCAGAACACUGAAGUCAGUGACUUCAUCGGGGGGUUCAGGCCUGCGAUGGUGACUCAGGAAGAUGUCAAGAAUAUUCUUGCCGCGUGGAAGUCUCUAUUGGAUGUUGUGGAGACUUUACCUACAUACACCCAAGACAUAAAAAAAGCCUACAAAGAUCUCACUGCACGGUAUGAAGAACAAGAGUUGUUAAAUCAGAAUGUUAGUAGAUAUAUUGACCAAUUCGGUAAAGAAUCCUUAGCGCUUGCGGAACCCUGUUGUGUUUCGAGGCACGAUUUAGUGACGAUUAAAUCCUUACUAGAAGAUUGCAAACUUGCUAUCCAACCGCAGACGUCUCACCAACCACCGACGGCUAGCUCGUCAGCACCCGUGGCAGCGCAAAAGGAAGGCGUUUCGUCGUCCCGAGAGAAACUGCUUUCUGACGACGAGCAGGGGGUAACCAAUGCCGCGGAUUUGAAACGAGUCUAUACUGAAAGUUAUCGCAAAUUCAACGACGCUUACGACGAGCUGCUGAAACUGAUUAGUCUGGGAACUCGAGCUUUUACGUGGCAAGAUGGCCCUCUGGUUAGGGCGAUGGUCGAAGGACGACCUUUCCUGAUAGAUGAGAUCAAUCUGGCUGACGACGCCGUGAUAGAACGCUUGAACUCCGUGUUGGAAGGCUCCAGAUUCUUGCGAGUCAAUGACCGAAUGGAUCCUGUAAUCAGGGCCCAUCCUGACUUCCGAAUUUUCGCGACCAUGAAUCCUGGCGGUGACUUCGGGAAGAAGGAGCUGAGUAAAGCUAUGCGGAAUCGGUUCUUCGAAGUAUACGUCGACCGAGUUCAGUUCACGGACCCCAGCUGUGUCAAGAUUGUUCAUGAUCGCCUCCGCCGAAUAUUCCGUUCCGAACACCAUUCCGAGCGUGAUAAGACACUGAUUCACUUGCUUACCAAGAUCGGUAUCGACGUGCUUGUGUAUUUGGAACAGAUUUGCGUCAACGAAAUCUCUAUUCGGGAGAUUGUGACGUGGCUCGACUGUACGGGCAGAAUCUUCAAAUCAACACACGAAUUACAGGAUAAGAACUCAACAUAUGUACCAGAGGAUUUUGAGGCCUGUUUCCGGGCUCUCCUGCAUGCCUUGUGGGCUACUAUUUUAGAUGGAUUCGAGAUUAGCCACCGGUCUACUAACACCCCACCUUCAUUUCUCCUUGCCGACUGUCUCUCCAACUUGCCUGAGCCUAGCAACCCACAGGCUUGUAUAGUUCUGAAAACUCUGGCGUCAAUCCAUGAAGUGACGCAACAGGCUAUAGCACACUCGGAUGCGGCGGCUGGUGCUGUGAACGUAUCGAAGCUAGCCCAGGAAUUCUAUCCUGAUGGAUUAGGCUGGAUGCAUGAUACCACGGUUCAGUGCUGUACUGGUUUGCUGAGACUUGGUCCCUUCCGCUUGGAGCCCAAAUCGUACACAGGGGAGCUUCCCAACCAAGCCACGGGCAUAAGCAAUGGAGCGGUGAAUCAGAGCCGUAUGGACCUGGUGGCCUACCGAGGGUUGACGAUGGAUUCGCGGACAACGGUGGAAAACUUGGGUAGAGUGCUCCGCGCAAUGCAUGCGCCUCAGCCAGUGCUAUUGGAAGGAUCUCCGGGCGUCGGCAAGACUGCCCUAGUUCAAUGGUUGGCUUCCGUGAGCCAGCGGCGUUUGUAUCGGUUUAAUUUGAAUGAGCAAACAGAUAUUGGCGAGCUCGUGGGUUCAUUUGCUCCCGAGGAGUCGUCAUUUAAGUGGAAGGCGGGCGGCCUGACAGAGGCUUUAUUGAAUGGCGAUUGGGUUCUGCUGGAUGAGAUCAAUCUAGCUCCGCAGCCAGUGUUAGAAGGGUUGAAUUCUCUAUUAGAUUUUCGACGUUGUGUAUUCAUUCCAGAGUUAAAUAAAACGGUCUUUCCCCGGCCGGGUUUCAGACUGUUCGCUGCUCAGAACAGGCAGGCUGACGGCGGUGGGCGUAAGAGCCUGCCUCGAUCCUUCCUUAAUAGAUUCGCCAAACUGAUUGUCAAUACUCUUACCCAAGAAGACCAGAUAGCUAUCCUUCAUUCAUUAAGUCCGGAUUCCGAUGAGCUGUGGCGACGAAUCGUUGUGCAAGCGCUUGCAGACCUCAAGGCGGUUCGUGUGCCAAAAGCGGUCGCGUAUUUGGAGUCUCGGUGGCUGCAUCGGUUGUCAGGUUCUUGGGAGUGGAAUGCCAGGGACUGUCAACGAAUUCAAGCCGUAGGCAAGUGGUUGCGAGAAAGAUUCGGAUGGGAAGGGUCGCGGCUAUGGCGAUUGGCCUUCGAUCUGGUAUUUUACCGACGGUUUACUCACGGAAAAGACAGGGCCGUAUAUAGGGCGAUAAUGGAUGAGUACCUACCAUGGACUCCCUGGCCUUCGCAGCAGCAACUAAUCGCAACUACCGGAAACUCGAUCGCAUCCUCGGCUCUCCGGCCCUCGACGCUUAAGUCCAGGUGUCUCAAGUCUUUGACGGAAGUGCAGGCUCAGUGUUUGCUGCCAGUAGUGGCCUCCAUUGCGGCAAAUCAACCAGUUUUGCUAUCCGGAGGUCCCUUGGAAGGCAAAAUCACUCUGGUGCACGCAGCCGCGUCUAUUCUGGGAUUGAUUACCGAGGUAAUGCACAUGACGCCCAUGACGGACAGCUCUGACUUAAUGGGAUCCUAUAUCCGAGAAGGAGAAGUACUCCGAUGGGCUCCGAGUGUGCUUUGUCGAACAGUCGAGUCUGGUGGUAUUCUGGCUUUAGUCGGCGUUGAGCACGCUGAAGCCGGUGUGGUCGACCGACUCAACGGACUACUAGAAAGGCAUGGGUACCUAACAUUUUCCGAUGGCGGCCAGUUCCGGAGAUUGAAACCCCACCCUGACUUCCGAAUUGUAUUGUUAGCAGCCACGGAAUACCCUGUGUCACUCUCUCCAGCGGUCAGAAAUCGCUGUAUAGAAGUCUCAGUUCAGCUACCCGUGGUAGGAGGUGUUGAAAGGAAAAGAACCCCUUUGAACGAAAUUAUCGGAUCCAUGAUUCGCAAAAAUAGUGGUACCCGCAAUGAUGAUGUUUUUGGCAGACUGAAGAUCAUUACAGAAAGUGGAUGUCAAGUUGCCUUGCAUAUUGCCCGCUCAACUGGUCUUCUAAAGGGGAGAGACAAUGAGGACAUCACAGAGUUACAUUCACUCUUUGAGUUAGGAGACCUAUCUAGCUGGCUAGCAUUGGACAACAGCGUGAAAAACAUCUUACCACCAAAGUUGCUCGCAAUUCUACCGUCUCGAUUUUGCUACAGGAUAUUCAUUAUAAAUCUCGUGAUGAUGAUGUUAUCCCUGACUGAUGCGCCAUUCAUAAGUCAGGCACACGUGUGUGCCACGGCCGAAAGCGCCACGGCCGAGAGCGCCACGGCCAGGAAAAUCGAUAGACAUGGGAUGCUAAACUUUAUUCAGCAGAGAUUGAUCCAGCUGGCCAAGGAGAACGUGGUGAGCGAUUGUAUGUUUGACUCAGUAUGGAAAGCUGCAAUGGCGUUCCAGAUUCCUGACGAGGAGGCAAUGAUAUUUGAUAACAUCCUUCGACUGCGGCAAGGGACUAGGGGCUCGUUUGCCGAAGAACUCAGACGAUUGUAUAAUGCGGCGGGGGCGACCAGGAGUGGUAUUCACGGGAAUAAUCGGGUAAAUACGACUAUCGCGGAAAGCGGCUCGGAUGAGACUGGUCCAGUUGAUGGUAAGCUAACCCCAGAAAGGAUAUUGCCCGGCGACGUGCUAGCUAGUGAAGAGGUAUUUGAACGCGUUGCCGUGUUCUCGGGCGACGACAUACCGACGACCGCCAAAUGUCAUGUGAACUCCCUGUCGCGCUUUGAUAUUGAUCCGAAUCUGAUGCGAAAUAGAAUUGCGGCGGAGGAGGCUUUGACUUCUUGCAGUGGUGGGGCAUUGAUUGAGCUGUUUGCGUCAGAGGGACGAAAGUUGAAGGUUGAUGAGAGGCUUAUGGCAUUGGUUGAUUUGAUGAGUCUCGGCCGAUUGUCGGUGGAGCUGGAGAGGGUGCGGAAGCUCGUCGCUCUGCAACGGAAUACAUUGCCGGCCUCCUCCGAUGCGUGUUCCGAUGCUGUGGUAGAGGCAGCGGAUCUGUACGUAAUCCGCCAAACAUCACUGUUGGAUGUCUUGGCCCCGCCUGUGGCGGAUAUGGAGGCGUAUCAUUCGGAAGAGAUUGUGUUGGGCGCAAAGUUUCAGACGUGGGUCUAUGUCUUCGCCAACCUCAAUCAGUCGCUGCUGGAGGCGCUGUAUCCAAGUGAGACUUGCUUGCAAGUUCUUAGAACUAUGGUUCUCAGCUGUCCGGAGUGUCCUUCGGACGAGAAGGCAGACACGUCAAGUGCAGAGCUGGCUGGCAGCUGGCAGCUGUUGAGGUCGGUUGUGCGUAGCUACUUUACGAGGUGCGAGAGCAACAUGUGGGGUCUUGUGCAAGUCGCUGGGUCGACGGUCGAAGGCAUAGCUGGGACCGAAACUCUACAAAAGGGAUUCGGGCGAUGGCUGCAUCAGCGACUCGGUAACUACACCGAAACCGAAAUAGAAUCCUUGCGGGAACUUCUCAAGUCCCUUCAGACCCCCGAGCCCGGAGAGGCGGCGGUUGCCGCAAUCAUUGAGGAGUGCAGGGCAAUGGGCGAAGGACCCAGCGACGACGCCGUUAAACAAGACGGCGCUGCGUGCACAUCGACGAGCUGGGAUUCUUUCUUAGCAAUGAGGCAGGAGCUGGAAAGGAUCGACGCCUGGACGCUCCCGCCUUCGGUGAUCGCUCGCGUCAGUCGUGAGACACGUGUGCUUCAGUGCGUGACACACUUUGCUGUGACCACACUGGACAUGGAAAACGACGAGCAAAAUUAUCAGCCCACUGCCAUAGAGCCACCAGCCGAUCCGUUGACGGGGAUAGCAGUGAAUUGGAAGGCGCUCCGAUGA